CUGCCUGUGUGCUGAUCACGAUGGGUCCUGCUCUCAGCUGGGGCCUCUAGACACCACUAGGAAUAACAAAUAUGGUUUUUCCCUUUAUGCUUGUCACCUUCAUCUCCAUCCAUGUUGCAGUGCCUGCGAGCCCGCCAAGAGAAGCUGUCUUUUGCCACUUCGGGAUCUCGGCAAGAAAUGUGAGCCUUGAGGACACUUGGCAGGCUGUAGCUCCUGAAUGCAUGACCAUCCCCUGGGAUUAGGAUAAAGCCAUGGAGAAAGAAAAGAAAGAAGAGGCUGUCUUUCUGAGGAAGAAGAUAACUUUGCUGCGGGCUUUCUCACUCCUGAUUGGCAGCAUGGUUGGCAGUGGCAUCUUUAUCUCCCCAACAGGUGUACUGAAAAACUCUGGCAGCGUGGGUUUCUCCCUGGUUGUCUGGUUUGCCUGUGGACUCCUCUCAAUGUUUGGUGCCUUGUGUUAUGCAGAGCUUGGAACAAGAAUCACCAAGUCUGGAGGACAUUAUAUCUACAUUUUGGAGACACUAGGGCCUUUGCCAAGUUUCUUAUUUCUGUGGGCGGAGUUUUUUGCUAUCAGGCCUGCCAACAGUGCUGUGGUUUCCUUGGCAUUUGGACGCUACAUGCUGGAGCCAUUCUUUACCCCCUGUGCAGCCCCUGUCCCUGCUGUGAAGCUCGUGUCUCUCCUGGGGUACUACAUGGUCCUCACCCUCAAUUCCUGGAGCGUCACCUGGAGUGCCCGGCUGCAGACAGCUCUCUCCAUCGUCAAACUCCUGGCUCUUGCACUCAUCAUCGUGCCAGGGAUGAUGCUGCUGGCCCAGGGCCACACCGAAAACUUCCAUGAUGCUUUUGACAGACAGUCACUGGUUUUGGAUAAGCUGCCCUUGGCUUUUUAUGCAGGCAUGUUCGCAUAUUCAGGCUGGUUUCAGACCAGCUUUGUGCGUGAGGAAUUGGUCAGACCUGAAAGAAACAUCCCCUUGGCUGUCAUCGUGUCCGUGAUCACGGUAAUUGUGGGGUACAUGCUCACCAAUGUUGCCUAUUACACGGUCCUGGGAAAGCAAGAUGUUCUGGCUUCUCCUGCUGUGGCUGUGAGCUUUGUGCAGCGAGCCUUUAAAAGCCUGAUCUCCGUGGUCCCUGUCCUUGUUGGGCUGUCCUGCUUUGGAACCAUGAAUGGAGGAAUCUUCACAUUUUCAAGGACUCUGUUUGUGGCUUCCAGGGAAGGACAGUGGCCUCCACUCUUCUCCAUGAUCCACAUUCGAAAGCAUACACCCCUUCCUGCUGUCAUGUUAAUGUUCCCUUUGGUUACUGCCAUGGUGUGUAUCGGAGAUAUCUACCAUCUAAUGAACUUCUUCAGCUUUUCCCGAUGGCUCUUCAUAGGAUUAGCCACCCUCGGGCUCAUUGUCCAUCGCCACCGGCACCCGGAGCUGCAGAGCCCAUUCAAGGUUCCUCUCUUCGUUCCUGUCUCUUUUACCAUCAUCUGCCUCUUCACAGUGGCAAUGUCUUUCUACUCAGACCCUGUGAACAUUAGCAUCGGAUGCACCGUGGUUUUAAGUGGUUUUCCAGUCUACUACCUCAUAAUCCAUAGGCAAAUGUUAAGUCGUUGCCGUAGCCCGUUUUAUUACCUUACACACAAACUACAAAUACUGCUGGAAGUAGUCCCACAAGAAAUCAAGACUUACUGAGAAAACCAUCAGAACUCAUAGGCAAAGAUAAAGAUAAAAUCUGCUUACUCUGUUUCUGAUAGCUUUGAUCCUACCAAAAGCAGGCCAUGCUCCUAUUCAUUUAACCACUGCACAUGAGAGUGAACCUGAGCCAAAACUUGGAGCAAAAUGUUCCUAAGCUUGCUCAUCAGGAUUGGGAUGAGCACGUCACAUUUGUUUCUGCCCUUUUCUUUUUUAUCCUUUAUUUUAUCCUUUACCU